UGGGAAUAUUGAGGGGGCCUGGGGUGGAGGUAAGAUGAGGCAAUCCUAUGGUAUGGCACCUGCAGCCAGGGUGGUGGCAGGGGCAGUGGCAAGCAGUGGGUUUCAUGGAAGGAUAAAAGUAUCAGGCAGCCUCCUCGGGUGGAGACCACGGGUAGAUGUCCCUGGCCUCCGGCACUCUCUUCACCCAGCAAUCUAUGUGCUGGGUACAUACGCUAUACUGGGCACAAAGAAGGCUGUGAUCCAUGACUUUUAGAAGCCCGCAGGCUAGUAAACUGGCAUCUUCAUACUAUCCUUGGAUCAGAUCCAGGCUGACAGUGUGAGCAAAUGUGGAAAGCUUUAGAAAAUGCAGGCUCCCUGGCACUAUCUUAGACCUCAUAGAACAGCCAUUUCAGAGCAAGUCCUGGGAAUCUGCAUCCCCUUAAGUGCCCCCCGAGGCUUGGGGAUGGAUAACUGCAUGAGACAAACUCUAACAAGUAAAUCAUCUCAACAGAGUGCGAAAAGUACUGUGGUUGGCUGUUCAGGGAAUGACGAAUGCACAAAGGAGGUUCCCCUAGGUGGGAAAUUCAGGUGCGGGGUUGGGGACUUGUAUUUGAAAUUUCAACCAGCUCCAUCCACCUACUUUCUCACAUACCUCCAUAUCGUGUCUGGUGGCUGAUGGCAGCAGCUAUGCAGGGGUCUCAGUGGCUGAAUUUGGGCAGUUUGCUGUGCUUCCGAAAUGGUUCUGGCCUACCCUGUAUCUCCCCUUGGACUUCUGAUUGGCCCAUGGGGGAUGGGGAUUUUUGGAUCUGUGGCAGCAGUAAUGAUCGAGGCCUCCAAGAAGAGCUCCAUUUGGAGGGUGUUCGUAGAUUUUUAAUAGCCUCAAUACUGCGUCCUUUAGAUGUGUUUCUUUUCUCAGUGUGUCCCUUUUCAUGGCAUGGGCAGGGGGGUGUAUCUUAUAAUAAGACAGGUUUGGGGGGGAAAUGACUUCAUGGGCUCGCUGUUGAGCUACUUCCCUUUGCAUCUCCGGGAAAGGCGUGGUUCACCCGCAGCAGGUCCGGUUAAGGAAGCACGUGUGUGCGUUCAGCAUUGCUGCGUUUUCCCUGCCACCUCACCCUAAGGAUGGGGUCAAAGUUGCCUUCUGCUUGUCCUAAUAGAGGCUCUCUUCAACUCCCUACCACUCCCAGUUCUCAGCCCAUGCAGUCUCCUACCGUGGAACACGAAGUUCCAAAGAGAUGGUUCCAGGUGAAUGCACAGCUGUGUUCCCGCCUCCUGAUCCUGUCCCCAGUGAGUGACACUGGGUCAUUCCUCAAGAUCUCUCCUUAACCCCGUCUUCCAAGACAAGACCAAACCCCACACUUGAGCACUGGGCUCCCCUGCUCUCUUCCCUGAUGCCACCCCACUCCCACAGGGCCUGACCCCAGCAGAAGACAGCUUCAGCCUGUCUUAUUGACUCUGGGUGUGACAGGAACAGAGAUUUUGAAGGCCUCUUUGCCCUUUUCCCUAGAGAGUAGGUGGCUUUGCCCCUGAGCAGCUCUCCCCUGAACCCAUCAGAGCCCAGCUCAGCCCUCUGUGGCAGACGUGGAAAAGGAAUCCCACUCCAGUGAGGAAGGAGAAGCACCCCACAAGGAGGCCCAGGACACAUGCCUCUCAUCAAGGGCUGCCCCUCCGAGAUGGUGCUGCAGGAAUCCCGCCCUGAGAUUGGGGUUUGGAGAGAAUAGAGCCAAUAGCUUCCUACUCUUCUACCAUUUUAAAAUCCUAUCCUGCAUUUUGACUUUCCCUCUGACCACAGUGAUACCAAAGGUUUUCUGAAUUUUGGAAAGGUCAAAAUAAUAAGGUAAAUGUCAACAAAAUGAAUAUGUAAGAUGUGUAUCCUUGGAAUACUCUUUCUUUGGUAAAUUAUAGUUUUAUUUAAAUGUGAUCAGUUUUAGGUGAUUCGGGGAAUUUGCCCACCUCCUGCAGAAACUAUCUUGAUCUCAUUAAAUUAAAUAAGAUGUAACUAGGGAAGGGGAGAAAAAGAGUGAAAUCAGGUAUGGAUCAUUCCAUCUGUGUAACCCAUAACAGUCAUAACAACAGUAAACAAUACCAAAACCUCUCAGGCAGCCUACAGCUAAUUCAAUCUCAACUUCUACCACCUAGGCUGAAUGAAUAUAGCUUACAGAGAUGGCCAAGGGAGUCUAGAACUUUCUAGAGCUACUUGCUCCUCCCCCUGCUUCAAUGCAGUCAUUGGUCACUGCCCAGUGUGCCCCUGGCACCUGACCAGUAGGGGGCACAUGUGAGCAGCGUCCUAUAUAAGCGCAGCACAGGCACCAGCUGGUCAGGAUGAGGCACCUCUACCUGGGCUCCGUAGGAGAGCUAACUGGGUCAUUGGAUUCGAUUCAUCUUUUUAAAGUCUUUGAGAGUUUACUUGAUUGGGAUUUUUAUUAAAUCUCUUAACCAACUUUCCUCAUUCUCAAAUGCCAGUGUAAUUCUGUGAACACUCUAAACAUUAGAAAUACAUUUCUUAUGUUGUAAACAAAUUCUGUUUAUGUAGAAGAUGGUUCUCUUUGGAAAAACAAUUGCCUGAAAGCUCUUCCAAUUUAGCAAGGAACAUAGUCUGAGAAAAGAGAAAUAGGUACGCAGUUACAUGCCCUGCCUCAGCCCUCCCACACAUGGUCAUUUUUGCUUGUUGAAAAAUUAGACUUUAAGUGAAAACAGAAGCAUCAAAAAUGAUCCCUCAUAUAAAGGAGACUGUGCUUUUAUAAUAUUGGCCAUUCUUUUCAGUUGAUUGACUUUAUUCCUAUUCUUCAUUUUUAUUUUUGCUGUUGUCUGUUUUUCUCUUGUCUCACCUCCCAAGCUUUCUUUCCCUGAGCCUCCCGAGGGAGGUCUGACAACGCAAGAAGGAUGAGAAUGUGGGCGGGAGAUGAGGGUGGGAGGAACUGCCCAGACCUGUCAGGCUUGGGUGUAGCACCUGCAAGGAGAACAUGAUUCUCCUGUGGUGACAGCCUGACCGGGCCCCCCCACCCACCAAGGCAGGACCACGGCGACCCGGGGAGCAUGCUGCCAGCAGCCAUGGUGGGGGCUCUGGUCAGAGGAUGGAGGAAUCGAAGCUCUCCUCGAAGGGCUGAGUCAAAACUUCUUAUCCCACCGAGCCAAGAUGGAAUUCCAAUUCAGGAUGGGCACCAGUUGCGUCUUGAAGUGCCAUCAGCUGUAACCAAAGUUCCAGAUCCCAAGACCACAGCCAGGCAUUCCUGCCCUCAAGAACUGAAGACGAUGGAGCUCUCUGACAGUGACCGACCCGUCAGCUUCGGUUCCACGUCGUCCUCGGCCUCUUCCCGCGACAGCCAUGGUUCCUUUGGCAGCAGAAUGACCUUAGUUUCAAAUAGCCACUUGGGCUUGUUUAACCAGGAUAAGGAAGUAGGGGCCAUAAAACUGGAGCUGGUUCCGGCCAGGCCAUUUUCCAGCAGUGAGCUGCAGAGGGACCACCCCACCGCCGGGCAACAGAACGCAGACGAAGGCAGCGAAAGGCCGCCCAGGGCGCAGUGGAGAGUGGACUCGAACGGGACACCCAAGACGACCACAGACUCGGCCACCAGCCCCAAGCUCCUCUAUGUGGAUAGAGUUGUUCAGGAAAUUCUGGAGACCGAAAGGACUUAUGUGCAAGAUUUAAAAAGCAUCGUAGAGGAUUACCUUGACUGCAUCAGGGACCAAACAAAACUUCCCCUGGGGACUGAAGAAAGAUCAGCCCUUUUUGGAAACAUACAGGAUAUCUACCACUUCAAUAGUGAACUUCUGCAAGAUUUGGAAAACUGUGAAAAUGAUCCUGUGGCCAUAGCAGAGUGUUUUGUGUCCAAGAGUGAAGAGUUCCACAUUUAUACCCAGUAUUGCACUAACUAUCCAAGAUCCGUGGCUGUGCUAACAGAGUGCAUGAGGAACAAGAUACUGGCCAAAUUCUUCAGGGAACGUCAGGAAACUCUGAAGCACUCGCUGCCUCUGGGGUCCUAUCUCUUGAAACCAGUGCAGCGGAUUCUCAAGUAUCAUCUCCUUCUGCAUGAAAUAGAAAAUCACCUUGAUAAGGACACAGAAGGCUAUGAUGUGGUGCUUGAUGCUAUAGACACAAUGCAGCGAGUCGCCUGGCACAUCAAUGACAUGAAGCGGAAACAUGAGCACGCGGUCCGGUUACAGGAGAUACAGAGUUUGCUCACUAACUGGAAGGGGCCAGACCUGACCAGCUAUGGGGAACUGGUGCUUGAGGGAACCUUCCGCAUCCAGCGAGCCAAGAAUGAGCGGACACUCUUCCUCUUCGACAAGCUGCUGCUCAUCACGAAGAAGAGAGACGACACGUUUACAUACAAAGCUCACAUCCUGUGUGGCAACCUCAUGCUCGUGGAGGUGAUUCCGAAGGAGCCGCUCAGCUUCAGCGUCUUCCACUACAAGAAUCCCAAGCUGCAGCACACAGUCCAGGCCAAAUCCCAGCAAGACAAACGCCUCUGGGUUCUGCACCUAAAGAGACUGAUUCUGGAGAAUCAUGCAGCCAAGAUUCCAGCUAAGGCCAAGCAAGCAAUCCUUGAAAUGGAUGCCAUUCAUCAUCCAGGCUUCUGUUACAGUCCUGAGGGAGAGACGAAAGCACUGUAUGGCUCUAAAGAAGGUUCUGCUCCGUAUCGGCUGAGAAGAAAAUCUGAACCUUCCUCACGAUCACAUAAAGUUUUGAAGACUAGUGAAACAGCACAAGACAUCCAAAAGGUUUCUAGAGAGGAAGGAUCUCCCCAGCUGACUUCAGCAAGGCCAUCUCCUGCCCAGAGAAACAGUCAGCCCAGCAGUUCCGCCAUGAUCAGCGUGCUUCGAACGGGUGGAGCCCUCAGAAACAUCUGGACCGAUCACCAGAUCAGGCAAGCCUUGUUUCCCAGCCGGCGGUCCCCGCAGGAGAACGAGGAUGACGAAGAUGAUUAUCAGAUGUUCGUGCCGUCCUUUUCCUCCUCAGAUCUGAACUCUACCCGACUAUGUGAAGACAGCACUUCUAGUCGCCCUUGCAGCUGGCACAUGGGACAGAUGGAGUCCACAGAGACCUCCAGCUCUGGUCACAGGAUUGUCAGGCGGGCCAGCAGUGCUGGGGAGAGCAACACGUGCCCUCCUGAAAUAGGACCUAGUGACAGAACUAGGGAACUGCAGAACGGCCCCAAAACAGGAGGGCAGGAGGAAAUGGCUCCCUUUGGGUCAUCCAUCGAGUUGACCAUUGAUGACAUUGACCAUGUCUAUGAUAACAUCAGUUAUGAGGACCUAAAACUAAUGGUUGCUAAGCGGGAAGAAGCUGAAUCCACGCCCUCUAAAUCAGCCAGGGACUCUGUUCGCCCCAAGAGCACCCCAGAGUUAGCCUUCACAAAGAGGCAAGCUGGCCACAGUAAGGGCUCUCUUUACGCACAAAAAGAUGAUGCUCUCUCAGGUGGAGAGGCAUCCAGCCAAAGCACGCAUGAACUCCAAGCAGUUGAGGAGAACAUCUAUGACACCAUAGGGCUCCCAGAUCCUCCGUCGCUGGGUUUUAAGUGCAGCAGCCUAAAGCGUGCAAAGCGGAGCACGUUUUUGGGACUGGAGGCUGACUUCGUAUGCUGUGACAGCCUGAGGCCGUUUGUUUCCCAAGACAGCCUCCAGUUCAGUGAGGACGAAGCCCCUUACCAUCAGGACAUCCCUGAUCAUGAUUAUCUGAGUUUGCUGUACGACUCUCCCAGCUGUAACUUGUCUAUGCCUGAUAAGCCUGUAUCUGAUAAACUGUCCGAAGAAGUAGAUGAAAUCUGGAAUGACCUGGAAAAUUACAUCAAGAAAAACGAAGACAAGGCCAGAGACCGCCUCCUGGCAGCAUUUCCUGUGAGCAAGGAUGAUGUGCCAGACAGGCUGUACGCAGAGAGCACCCCUGAGCUGAGCCGGGAGGCAGGGCGCUCUGUGUCCACACUAUCCCUGCCCGAGAGCCAGGCUCUCCUCACGCCUGUGAAGAGCAGGGCCAGCAGAGCCAGCCAUGCCAACUGCCCCUUUGAGGAAGACCUGAUUUCUAAAGAAGGCUCUUUUAUGAGCCUUAACCGGCUUUCUCUGGCCAGUGAAUUGCCCCUCAUGGACAAUCCCUAUGACCUGGCCAACAGUGGCCUGUCUCAAACAGACCCAGAAAACCCUGACCUGGGGAUGGAGGCCACAGAUAAGACAAAAAGCAGGGUGUUUAUGAUGGCUCGGCAGUACAGUCAGAAGAUUAAGAAGGCAAAUCAACUUUUAAAAGUGAAAAGUCCGGAGUUGGAGCAGCCGCCGGCCAGUCAGCAUCAGAAAUCCGUGCACAAAGACCUGGCUGCCAUCUUGGAAGAGAAGAAGCAAGGAGGGCCCGCCAUUGGUGCCAGGAUUGCUGAGUAUUCCCAGUUGUAUGACCAGAUUGUAUUCAGAGAGUCUCCCUUGAAAAUUCAGAAGGAUGCCUGGGCCAGCCCUCAAGAAUCCUCCCUCCUGAGGUCUGCGUCACCUUCCCAGGUCCACCAUGGUAGUGAAGAUUGGCUUCUGCAUUCAACCUAUAGUAAUGGAGAGUUAGCAGAUUUCUGUCUCCCACCAGAGCAAGACUUGAGGUCAAGAUAUCCCACGUUUGAGAUCAAUACAAAAAGUACUCCCAGGCAAUUGUCCGCAGCUUGCUCUGUACCUUCUCUUCAAACCUCCGACCCUCUGCUGGGCUCUGUGCAGAGAUGCAGCGUAGUAGUAAGUCAGCCCAACAAAGAGAACUGGUGUCAGGACCAUCUUUACAACUCCUUAGGUCGGAAAGGGAUCAGUGCGAAAUCUCAGCCUUAUCACAGGUCCCAGUCAUCUUCCUCCGUCUUGAUAAACAAAUCAAUGGACUCCAUCAACUACCCUAGUGACAUGGGAAAGCAGCAGCUGCUGUCUUUACACAGAAGUUCAAGGUGUGAGAGUCACCAGGACUUACUGCCAGAUAUUGCUGACUCGCAUCCACAGGAUACUGAAAAAAACUCAGAUCUCACACUCCAAGACUCACAGAAAGUUGUGGUGGUCAAUAGAAAUUUACCCUUAAAUGCCCAAAUUGCAACACAGAACUAUUUUUCCAAUUUCAAAGAGAGUGAUGGAGAUGAAGAUGACUAUGUGGAAAUCAAGUCAGAAGAAGAUGAGUCAGAGUUGGAGCCAUCUCACAAUCGUAGAAGGAAAUCUGACUCAAAGUUUGUGGAUGCUGACUUUUCUGAUAACGUCUGCAGCCGCAACACAUCGCAUUCCUUGAAUAGUCCGCGCACUCCAAAAAAGCCAGUUAACAGCAAACCUGAGCUUUCACCAUAUCUGACACCAUAUAAUGAUUCUGACAAACUGAAUGACUAUCUUUGGAGGGGGCCAUCUCCCAAUCAACAAAAUAUUGUCCAGUCUCUAAGGGAAAAAUUUCAGUGUCUCAGUUCAAGCAGCUUUGCUUAAGGUUCUUCAUAAUAACUGCCUGAAUCAACUUCUUAUUUUGCUCAUAAAACAUUAUAGAUACUGAUGAGGUGUUUUAUGUGUACGAGAUUAAAACAAUUUUGUAAGAACCAGAGGUGUAAAAUAUAGUUUCUUUUACAGCACAACUUUUUGAAAUGGCUGACGAUGCAGCCAGGAUUGUACUGUAGCACAUGUUGGCAUCAACAGUAUAUUUUCUCAUGCUGAGUGUCUUCAUGUUUCAUGUAAGUCAAUCUUACUUGAAAUUUUUUAGACUUUUAACACGAUGGCCAUAACCUGACAAUAGUGCCCACACCUUAAGAAUGCAAUAAUCCUUUCCCAUUAUCCAGAAGGCCCAGGUAGUUUUAUCCUGUGACUUAAAGGCAGCAAGGAGACUUUGUCACGUUUUAAAAGGCAACGAAAGCUGUUGAAAGAAUUAUGCUUAUAUCUCACAUUUUGGUUAUAUUUGUGGCAAGACCUUAGGAUAACGUAAGCCAGAGAUCUGUAAUUGGUGUGUAGUCUGAGGUGCCCAUUUUAGAGUUUUUGUGGUGGUAUUCUUUUAUUUCAUUUUGAUGCAGAAAUUGUGUGACUGUUGAAAAUCAAAAUGUAGCAGGACCCAUUUUCUGUACGCAAAACCCCUUACCACUAUUCCUGGACAAGGCCUAGAGAAUGAGCUGCUCAUCAUGUUUAUACAUAAUUUCUGGGGUGAAAUGAAUGAUUUCCUUAAUGACUUAGAGAAAACCAAGGUCAAUAAGAUGCAGACUGACUUAACUAUUA